AUGAGUCAUUUGCUGCUUGCAAAACUGAUGGGUCUGCUGCCAUCAUCAGUACUGCCAUUGUUGUCAGAGUUACCAGACACCACCAUUGCUGAUGAUCCAUCGCCAUUGCUGCUGAGUUACCGCUGCUCCCAUUGGGAUGAUGCAAUGUGCAUGCUGCCACUGAGGAGCCUGGGCCUGCAGUUCGAGAAGGACGUGCCGGUUCUGUCCAGAGAAGUUCGGAGCACUCUCUUCCCUGAAUCCAGCUCCAUGGGUCUGUUCCUGGCAGUCGGCAUCCCGCUGGACGAGCCCUACAACGACGUGUCCUUCUCGUGGAACUACGAGGCCAACUACGUGCUGCCGUACAACGCCAGCGAGCUGUCGCAGUACGGCUACGCCCGCCGCGAGACGCGCUCUCUGCGCGACCUCUCUCGCACCACGGCCUACCUCGUGCUGCGCCACAAGUUCCAGAGCCAUGGCUACGACGGAGAGACGUGUCUGCUGAAGGCAAUAUGCGAGGCGGCAGCGACACCGAUGAAGGGUACCAGCAUGAUCGCUGACAUUCUACACGUCGUGUUCACUCCAUCGACAUCUGUGAACGAGGAUCUUGGCCCAGAGUAUCAGCUCGCCGAGAACAGAGGCAGAAGUGGCGAAGACUGUGAAGAAGUCUACGAAGAUUGUCCAAUCAGCUUAGUUCAGCUCAUAUCAGAGAUAGAUGACUGA